GGCCGGUCGCCUGUUUGUUUUCUCCCCAUUCCCCGUCACUCCUCGCCGGUGAGAAGAGCUCCGCUCCUUCGUCCGUCUCGACUCCGUCGCCCUCCCUCCUUGCCGACGACGAGUUGGGCGGCCUCGGCUCCAUCGUCCACCGCUCCCUUCUGAAACACAUCGUUUCGGUCCGCAUCCUCAGAAAAUACUUUUUUCUGAAUACUAGAAUAUUUUGGGAAAAUGGACCCUGAAGAUCUCAGCGAAUCUGAGGAAGAAGAAGAUGAUGAGAUGAUGCUAUUUGUUUUCCCAGCUUUAUAUCUAGCUUCCACUCGUUGUGAAACACAAAGUACAUCAAAGCUUGGUGGUGUAGAAUGGAUAUGUGAAGUUCUUGAAGAUGACCGAGGUCAAGGCUAUGAAAAACUUCGAAUUGAGCCUCAUAUUCUCCGUGAAUUUGCAGAUUAUGUUAGAUCAAAAUCUCUUUUGCGGAAUACACGAGGUGUUUCUGUAGAAGAGCAAAUUGGCAUGUUUGUGUACAUGCUCUCACGAAAUGCCAAUUUUGAGAAAUUGAGUGAAAGAUUUGAGCGCAGCCGAGAGACUGUACAUAGACAUAUCAAAGCAUGCUUUGAUACAAUCUUAUCAUUGAAAACUGAAUUUGUGAAGUAUUGUUCUGCUGAACCGCAUUGGAAAAUAUCAUCUGAUUCACAUUAUUGGCCUUACUUUGAGAACUGUAUAGGGGUAAUUGAUGGAAUUCAUGUCCCAAUGACAAUAUCAGAUAGGGAAGCAGCUCCAUAUCGAAAUAGAGAAGAGUCCCUUACUCAAAACGUGAUGCUUGCUUGUGAUUUAGAUUUAAAUUUUGUCCAUGUAUUCUGUGGUCAGGAAGGGUCUGCAUCUGAUGCAGCGGUCUUGUAUUCUGCUAUUGAAUCUGGAUUCCAAGUUCCAAGAGGCAAAUAUUAUUUGGUAGAUGGGGGUUAUCCAAACACACCUUCUUUUCUUGCUCCUUAUAGCGGAGUCGCUUACCAUAGUGAAGAACAGGAGCAGAGAAAUUGCCAACCAAGAAACUUCAAGGAGUUGUUCAAUCUUCGCCACGCACACCUGUAUAACCACAUUAAGCAUGCUGUAGGUCUACUGAAGAUGAGAUUUCCAAUAUUAAAUGUUGCAACCUUUUACAGAGUAGAAACUCAACUGAAAAUUCCAGCAGCAGCAGUGGUGUUGCACAAUAUAAUUCAGAGGCAAGGAGGUGACGUAGAAUGGUCAAGUGAUCAAACAAUUCCAAUUUCAACCCGUAAGAUUGUCUCUUUACCUAGUGGGGAUAAUGCAUAUGGCAACGGUAUUGCGUCAUUUAACAAUCAGUGUGACAUGGGCAAUACUUUAAGGGAUGAUAUUGCACAGAAGAUGUGGGCAGAUUUAGGAAGAAACAGGUAAUUGCACAUAUCUGGGACCAAAUCACAAACAGGAAGAAGAAAAAAAACAAAAUUGUGCAAGCAUUCUGAAAAAAAAGAAGCAAAUUUACCUGGACUUUGUAAGGGGACAGGCUGGCCCGAAAGAAGAAUGAAGGCAACCAAAGAAUCGUCGGUUUCGAGGUGCUUUGAUGUGCUAGAUGAAGUGGAUGACGAGUCAUCAGUUUCGAGGUACUUUGAUUGUUAGAUGUCGUGGAUAAAUUGCCAUACCAGUUGCAUUUUGUGCUUUUGUUUUCGAAUGGAACAGUAUCAAUGGACUAUAUCUUUUCUGUGAAUCAAGACUCUGGUUGAAGUUGGGAAGUGGACAUGCAUGUAUUUAUUUGACAAUUUCAUGCCCUUCGGCUGUCAGUUAAUUUGUAUUUAAGAAACUCUGUUUGAGGACUUCAGGUAUAGGUAUUUGGAACAUUUGUUCGAAGAUGCAUCUUCUGUGGUUCCGGAUGAAGAAUUUGGUGCA